AUGAGCUAUGCAGAAGGCAUACUGCAAGACGAGCAGCUCCACGCAGCACACGAGGCGUCAACGUCAAGGCUUUUAGUCGGGAUCUCUAGCGGAGUGUCACUGCUCGGCGCGCUUAUGAUGAUCGCGCAUUAUCUUGCCUUUCAAGAGUCGCGAAGGUGCGGACGGAGGCUACUUUUUUGCUUGCAUCUAGCAGAUGCAGGUGCUGCAUGCGCUUGGCUUCUGGUAUUUUUCCUACCAAUUCCCGAAGAAGAUGAAGAGCUGAACAGUUUGCCAACAUCGUGGAUAUGCACCACACAGGUAUGUAGCAAUAAAGAUGACCUAGCGUCUUGUUUCUGGACUGGGUGUUUUGCAUUCCAUCUCUUUCAACUGUUGACACGACGGUGUAAGGCGCCAGAGUUAUACGAGGACCGAUAUCACCUUGUUGCGUGGGGAAUACCUAUUGCAGCUGUGGCGCAUUUGUAUACGCAGUCGUGGGCUGGAACAGACCUGGUGGGGGAAAGUGGGCGGCCUUGGUGCUGGAUACGCUCAUGGAGUGACGAUCAGUGGAACGAACAAGCGUUCUACGUCCAGCUUGUUAUCUUUUACGCUCCUGUGGUGCUUACCUUCUUGCACAACCUGGCAACAUACGUGAUGCUGCUGUAUUUAAUGACUGACACCUUGUCGACAAGUAUGGAGACUCGCAUCCACUAUCGUCUUCUGCUCUACAGCUGGGCUUUCUUCCUCCCAAACGUGUGGAUUGUCUUCGCGUUCGCCUACCAAGCAGUGGCCCCCAACCAUUUACUUGAUGCACCACUCCUGUAUUUAAUCAGCUUCUUCACCCCGUUGCAGGGAGCAAUGAAUACUGUCGCGUACGGGAUGAACCGCACGGUGCGUAUGGACACUGAGUGCGGUGCGUUAGUGGUGUCAUUUCUGUCUUUGCGAGAGCGUCGUGAGCUUCGAGCGGUGAAUCGACGAUGGUUGUUUACGUGCACUUGUCUGCAGUUCAAUGACAUUAAUGGCAGCGAAGUACAGCCAAGAAAAUCGGUCUGGAACCUCCGCAGUCGCGCAUUUCGCCAUGCCUGGACCACCUUUAUUCGCCAAACGUGCUAUUCGUUCCUGCCGCUUAUACUAAAAAUGCUUCCUGCUGCUGCAAUGAUGGAGACCAUGGAGCUUAAGAGAGGGUUGUGUUUACAACACCGGACAGCGACCUUCAAAAUCAAUCGGUGUGGAAAUCUGCCCAAUCUGCUGCUGACGGAAGAGCUCAGCGAGCUACGAUCGGAAUUGUUUCGAGCGAACCAAACAGAGUGCUGGAACAUGGCGCUGUAUGGAGGAGGUCCGGGGUACGACGCUACAGGACUUGUCUUCAUGCGCGAGUAUUUUCGAGCUCAGGAGGUUAACUUUCACGCUACAGUGUAUGACAACGAGCCCGGUUGGGAGACUGCGAUCAACGCAGCGGGGCAGACACUGGAUCAACUCGGCCAACGGAAUGUCUCGCUCAACUUCCGGUUUUGUGAUAUUACGCUUGACCUGGGGGCUGUGGAGAACAAGCACGUGCGCCAGUCUCUGAGAACCACUCAACUGCACAUAUUCUCGUUCGUGUGCGUGGAGAACUUCUGUCUGUUGCGUAAUACUGACUACGUGUUCCUGCGCUCGCUUUUCGGAAAGUGUAGCGCCGGCAGCUAUUUCAUCUUUACGGACUCGACACAUCGCCUUUGGCCUGCCAUCUUCGACGUGGCCAACACCAUCGCACCCGAUAGGUUCCGCGUGUGGACGCCUUUCACUCGUAGCUGCCACUACGCGCUUGUCCUGCAGAAACUACCCGACUACUUAAAACCAGCGUCCACAUACCCAUUCUACACCCAAGCGAUGCAAAAACUCGAGGAUUUCCACCGACAUCAACAGAAACACCUUGAAACCAUGCAGACAGACCACUCUACUGUUUUAGCAAGUAUCGAACCUAAUUGA